AUGUGCUUCCUCAUUGACAUGCGGCGAGCUUCCGCAAUUUCUCGAGUCUACCCCCGAGAUCACGGAAUGCAUAAGGUCCUAGUUCCAAGUCGCUCUGGGGUCCAUCGCUUUGCUUGUUUGGCACUUUAUCGGGCCCUUCUCCGACAAUGUUCCCCCUCCGCCGCCGCGGGUGAUGCGCCUUGGCGCGACGACACCGAAUUUCUCGUCAAGCAAAGGUUUCGAAGAUACAAAAAGCUACAGAGCCCGUCGCAGAUUGCCAAUUCUUUGAAAGCAGGAUAUGAGGCUCUGGACUUGCUUGACCGCGCGGAUAAAGGAAGCCAGCCGGACUCCCACAAGCUCACCACGAUACUCUCACAGGCAAGGUCUUUCAAGGAGCAAUAUGCCGCUGAGCAAAAAAAGUUAGCGGAGAUGAUUCCACCGAAGCCGGUAUCGCCGAGGCAGGCUCGAAAGGAACAGACAAUACGUUUCGAACAAGAAACAUCCCGCAAGCACCCAGAUACCCCGUCAAUAUUUGAUCGGCCACGAUUAUCUUUGAGCGGGAAACGCAAGGUUCCGGUCCUGGUAAAUGCACGUGGGGUACCUUUCUUGCGCAUCAAGAAGCCUCAGCCAAGGAACCUGAGCGGCGUUAUACGAAGCAAGCUCGAAAAGCGCUGGAACCGUAUCGUGACUCGAGACAGACUACAUGUGGAGCUUCUCUUUGCCAAGGAUGAGGAUUCCUGGGAUCAUCUCACCCGAACCUCAGAAAAACCAACUUGGUCCGAGGAGGUCAAGCUUUGUCUGGAUGACGUUUAUGAGAAGAUUCGAGAAACAGAUAGGCAAAACCGUGAGCUGGCUGAAAAUAUGUGGAAGGUUGUGCUUGAAGAGAGAGAAUUGGCUAAGCAAGAGGACCAGCAGAGACAGGUGGAGCAGUCGGUCUUGCAGGACAAGAGUACUUGA